AAUUCGGUUUGGAGAGUUUCGGUGAAAUUUCAAUGCCAAAUGUCCGAUGACAACAACAACACAUUUUUAGACAAAGAUAUAAUUUUUUUCUGUUUUCGAAAAAUUUCCCAAACAAUUUGAAACCAGCCAAAUAUGCGGAUUCUUUUGGAAAAUGGGUAGUUUAUGGCAGGAUUACGUUCCCACGGAGGUGGUGUCCGAAGUGCUGAAGCAUCUACCGAGACAGGACCGGCUCGCCUGCGCGAUGGUGUGCCAAAAAUGGAAGGAGGCCCUAAACCGUCGGUACUUGUGGACGCACAUCGUGCUAUGCGUGGACAAGGAUUUCCUGGAGCCCAGCAGCACGCUGUUGGUGGGCGAGUACCACAGGCACAUCAAAUCGUUCGCCAUCGGAUGGGACAGACCGUUGGUUCAGAACCGUUGGUUGCCCCUCAAGGUGCACGAUUUGACCAAGCGCGUCGUUCAUUUUCUCUUUAUUCUCUGCGACAAUUGCGUACAAUUGACUCAUUUCAAGAUAUUCGAAUGGUACGACAUUUACGCCUUUAAGAAAAUCAUCUACCACCUUAGCCGUUUUUUAAAAAUGCAAUCGAAACUGGAGAGCCUCGUGUUGCGCAACGUGAAUCUGCCCAAAAAGGAAUGCCUGAAGAUCCUGAACGCUUGCCUGGGUUCCAAGAAUUCGGUGACCAAUCUGGAAAUACACAACAAUUACUACAAUUUCAACACAGCCUUCGAUACGGUCGAUUUCGUCAAUUUUCUGAAAGAAUUCAUCGUACUCAACGACAUCAAAAUCGACUAUUUCAUACUGUCGAGACCCAGAGUCAUCGACGUGAUAUCCGAAAACGGGAAUCACCUCAAGGCUUUGGAGAUAUUCUUCAACGAAACGGACCUCCACAGCGUCGUCAUACCGGCCAGGAAGUGGAACAAGUUGAAGAAAUGCUGUCCCGACAUCAAUAUAUCUAUUAAAAUCAGGAACAUCUGCCAUCACGAGCAAAUCGAAUUUAUCUUCCUCAUGGACAACAUACCGUUGAAUUCGUUCACGAUGAUAUCGAGCAAUAAAUACAACCAGAGAAUCAGCAGAAAUUUCGAGAGUACUUUAAGACGAUUGAUCAACAACUAUCACAAAACCUUGGAAACUGUGAAAUUAGAUAUCAGAAACAACCAAGAAAAUCUCGAUGAAGUACUGUUAGCCAUCAUCCUGCAGUGUCCAAAGUUGAAAUCGCUCUUCUUCGACGGGAUGAUCAAGGAUAACAUGAAUCUUUUCUAUGCUAUAACUCAAUACAAAAAAAGUGCUAAGGCCACGAAUUCCCCGUCAGCAAUAAACAACUUCGCCGUAUCGAUAAACAAUCAGCACACCGAGAUAGUGUUAGUGAACUUUCCGAAUUGCGUUAACUUGAUAAUCACGCAGUUCGGCAAAAUAGGAAAUCUGUACCAAGUGAAAAUCGAUCAAACGGAGAACGGUCUGGCCGUACCUGAAACAGUUUACGACGUUUCCACUGUACUGGGGGCUGAAAACAUCCAAGCCGAAGUAGCCGUGAGGUACCUGAGCGAGAAACUCGACAUCAAGAAGCCUUUAGCAUCGAGCAUGGCGCUUCAAAAAGUCGUUAGGAAAUCGGAGAGUUACUUCGGGCAGGUGGUCAUCGGUCCUCCGGGUUCCGGUAAAACCACCUACUGCGCGAAAUUGUACGAAUUCUACAAAGAAAAGCUGAACAGAACCGUCGAAAUAAUCAACCUAGAUCCGGCCAACGAUAACAUGAGGUACAAACCGAAGAUAGACGUGAUGGAAUUGGUGACGGUGGAGGACGUAAUGAAGGAAUUGAACUUGGGCCCCAACGGAGCGCUGAUGUACUGCAUGGAGUACCUUCUAGAAAACUUCGAUUGGCUGCUUGAUAGGCUCGCCAAAAUCAAAGAUUGCUAUUUGAUAUUCGAUAUGCCCGGACAGGUAGAGCUCUACACGCAUCAUACGAGCAUCAGAAACCUGUUUGGGAAGCUCGAGAAGCUAAAUUAUCAUUUGUGCGCGGUGCAUUUGGUCGAUUCGCAUUACUGCUCCGAUCCCCCCAAGUUCAUCUCCACGUUACUGCUUUCGUUGUCUACGAUGCUGCAAAUCGGCUUGCCUCACGUAAACGUUCUCAGUAAAGCCGAUUUGCUGAAAAAGAACGAGGUUAAGUUGGAUUUCGGGCUCGAUUUUUACACGGACGUUUUGGAUUUGGAUUACUUACUGGAGCUCCUCGAUGACGGGCCGUUCACUAAGAAAUUCAGGAAGCUAAACGCUGCAUUGGUGGGGCUGAUACAGGGUUAUAGUUUAUUGGGGUUCGUUUUGCUCGAUUCGAGUUCCGAUAAGAGUUUGUUGGAAGUUAAAAACGCUGUGGAUAAGGCAAAUGGGUACAUCUAUGGAAGCGGUGAGGAAAGGAGCAUUCAAACUCUUCUAUCUUGCGCUGUGGGGGCUCGAACGGAAUCCGAAAGGUUCGAUUCGGAUUACAUGUAGCAUCGAAAUAUAAAAAAUUU